GAAGUGCAUCACUGCCGGGUACUUCGGCAACGCCAGCCGACGGGAUCCACAAGAAGGGUACCGGACCUUGACGGACCACAACCAGGUGUAUAUCCACCCGGCGUCGUCCCUCUACCAGCGGAAUCCCGAGUGGAUCGUGUACCAUGAGCUGGUCCUCACUAGCAAGGAGUACCUGCGAGAAUGCUCCACGGCCAUGGGCUGA